AUGGGCACUGUUCAAGAAGCUAUUCACCAUGGCAUGAUUGCCGCAGAUUUUCUUUGGACCACUAAACGAGUUGUCCAGGCUAUCGAGCUGUGGAACGAGUGCUUAACACUACUAAACAACAAAAUCUUAGAAAACGAACAUGAACUUGCCACAAUAGUGCGUAUAGCGCUGAACAAGAGGCUGUUUUAUGGAAAUGCUGCUAUUACGAAACUUUCACCAGCUAUAGAAUCUGGCAAAAAGCUUUUAGUCCUACUUCGUAAUCUGAGGAUAAAAAAAGAAGAAGGUGAAACAGCCGUGAUGUUAUCAACACUGCACGUCAAAAAAAGUGAAUACCAGGAAGCGCAAGCAGUCCUCAAAAUUGCACUCUGCGUUUACAAAGAAAUCGAAGACAAAGACGGACAAGCAUUAUGCUACGCAAUCCUGGGAGCUGCGUUUAGAUCUGUCGGUGAACAUGCCAAGGCUGAAGAAUAUCUUCAUAAAGCACUUACCAUCAAGACAGAAAUUGGCGACAGAAAAGGAGAAGCGACAUGCUACGGAAGCAAAGGAAAUGUGUUUCAAUCUGUCGGAGAAUAUGCCAAGGCUGAAGAAUAUCUUCAUAAAGCACUUACCAUCAAUACAGAAAUUGGUGACAGAAACGGAGAAGCGACAUGCUACGGAAACCUAGGAGCUGUGUUUCAAUCUGUCGGAGAAUAUGCCAAGGCUGAAGAAUAUCUUCAUAAAGCACUUAUCAUCAAUACAGAAAUUGGUGACAGAAACGGAGAAGCGACAUGCUACGGAAACCUAGGAGCUGUGUUUCAAUCUGUCGGAGAAUAUGCCAAGGCUGAAGAAUAUCUUCAUAAAGCACUUACCAUCAAUACAGAAAUUGGUGACAGAAACGGAGAAGCGACAUGCUACGGAAACCUAGGAGCUGUGUUUCAAUCUGUCGGAGAAUAUGCCAAGGCUGAAGAAUAUCUUCAUAAAGCACUUACCAUCAAUACAGAAAUUGGUGACAGAAACGGAGAAGCGACAUGCUACGGAAACCUAGGAGCUGUGUUUCAAUCUGUCGGAGAAUAUGCCAAGGCUGAAGAAUAUCUUCAUAAAGCACUUACCAUCAAUACAGAAAUUGGUGACAGAAACGGAGAAGCGACAUGCUACGGAAACCUAGGAGCUGUGUUUCAAUCUGUCGGAGAAUAUGCCAAGGCUGAAGAAUAUCUUCAUAAAGCACUUACCAUCAAUACAGAAAUUGGUGACAGAAACGGAGAAGCGACAUGCUACGGAAACCUAGGAGCUGUGUUUCAAUCUGUCGGAGAAUAUGCCAAGGCUGAAGAAUAUCUUCAUAAAGCACUUACCAUCAAUACAGAAAUUGGUGACAGAAACGGAGAAGCGACAUGCUACGGAAACCUAGGAGCUGUGUUUCAAUCUGUCGGAGAAUAUGCCAAGGCUGAAGAAUAUCUUCAUAAAGCACUUACCAUCAACACAGAAAUUGGCGACAGAAACGGAGAAGCGACAUGCUAUGGAAGCCUAGGAAAUGUGUUUCAAUCUGUCGGAGAAUAUGCCAAGGCUGAAGAAUAUCUUCAUAAAGCACUUACCAUCAACACAGAAAUUGGCGACAGAAACGGAGAAGCGACAUGCUACGGAAGCCUAGGAAAUGUGUUUCAAUCUGUCGGAGAAUAUGCCAAGGCUGAAGAAUACCUUUAUAAAGCACUUACCAUCAACCCAGAAAUUGGCGACAGACACGGAGAAGCGACAUGCUACGGAAACCUAGGAAAUGUGUUUCAUUCUUUCGGAGAAUAUGCCAAGGCUGAAGAAUAUCUUCAUAAAGCACUUACCAUCAAGACAGAAAUUGGCGACAGAAAAGGAGAAGCGUCAUGCUACGGAAAAUUAGGAAAUGUGUUUAAAUCUGUCGCAGAAUAUGCCAAGGCUGAAGAACAUCUUCAUAAAGCACUUACCAUCAACACAGAAAUUGGCGACAGAAACGGAGAAGCGACAUGCUACGUAAGCCUAGGAAAUGUGUUUCUAUGUGUCGGAGAAUAUGCCAAGGCUGAAGAAUAUCUUCAUAAAGCACUUACCAUCAAGACAGAAAUUGGCGACAGAAACGGAGAAGCGACAUGCUACAGAAGCCUAGGAAAUGUGUUUCAGUCUGUCGGAGAAUAUGCCAAGGCUGAAGAAUAUCUUGAUAAAGCACUUACCAUCAACGCAGAAAUUGGCGACAGAAACGGAGAAGCAAAAUGCUACGUAAACCUAGGAAAUGUGUUUGAAUCUGUCGGUGAACAUGCCAAGGCUGAAGAAUAUCUUCAUAAAGCACUUACCAUCAACACAGAAAUUGGCGACAGAAACGGAGAAGCGACAUGCUACGGAAACCUAGGAAAUGUGUUUCAAUCUGUCGGAGAAUAUGCCAAGGCUGGAGAAUAUCUUUUUAAAGCACUUACCAUCAACACAGAAAUUGGCGACAGAAACGGAGAAGCGUCAUGCUACGGAAACCUAGGAAAGGUUUUUCAUUCUGUCGGAGAAUACGCCAUAGCUGAAGAAUGUCUUUAUAAAGCACUUACCAUCAAGACAGAAAUUGGCGACAGAAACGGAGAAGCGUCAUGCUACGGAAACCUAGGAAAUGUGUUUACAUCUGUCGGAGAAUAUGCCAAGGCUGAAGAAUAUCUUCAUAAAGCACUUACCAUCAAGACAGAAAUUGGCGACAGAGUGGGAGAAGCGUCAUGCUACGGAAACCUAGGAGCUCUGUUUGAAUAUGUAGGAGAAUAUGGCAAGGCUGAAGAAAAUCUUCAUACAGGACUUACCACCAACACAGAAAUUGGCGACAAAGACGGAGAAGCGUCUCGCUACCUUAAGCUAGGAAACACAUCUCAAGCCUUAUCGGAUCUCUGGUCAAGCAUUCAAAUUUACGAAAAAAUACUUACUUCUCUAGGAAGCAAAGAUAGCCACAAUAUAUCAUUUUUUGACACGAACGCGUCUCCCUAUCGGCUGUUUUGUUCAUUGAGUUGUUCUUGUGGGAAACCCUAUGAAGCUUUACACGCUGCUGAACUUGGACGGGCCAGAGCUCUAGCAGAACUUAUGUCAAAUCGCUACUCCAUUGAAAAAGAAAUAUCCAUCAACCCACAAUCGUUUGUUGGCAUCGCGGAAGUAAUUAAGAAAAAUGGCAACAGCACCUGCCUCUACAUCUCCUACCACAAAGACAAUAUAUUUUUGUGGGUUUUGAAACAAAGCAAACCGGUAGCUUUCCGAAGAACGAAACUUUGUGAAAGCUAUGUUAGCAAGCAUGGCAAAAUCUGUGUACAUGAACUGUUUGGAAACGAAAGCUUAUUAAGAAAAUUUCACGUUUUACCUCAAGAGCAAUGCGAAGACCGAUCACUAUUCUCUUCAUUCGCCAACCAACUUACAAACGAAUCAAAUCUGGAAGAUAGUCUCUCAACCUUGCGUCCUCUUUUAGAUGAGGAUGAAGUAUACACGGACCCUGAACCGCCAACACUUUUUCAGGUUUACAACAUGUUGAUUGCUCCCGUGAGUGACUUGCUAGAAGGAUCUGAAAUCAUUGUUGUUCCUGAUCGCUGCUUCUUCCAAGUUCCGUUUGCAGCAUUACACGAUGAAAGUAGCCGCUAUUUAUCAGAUUCUUUCAGGAUACGAAUUGUCCCUUCUUUGACGACUCUCAAGCUCAUUCUGGACAGUCCAGCCGACUCUCACAGCGAAACUGGUGCAUUGAUUGUGGGUGAGCCAAGAGUGACGGAUGUGUAUUUCAAGGGAGUGUUAAGGUAUCUCUGUCCAUUGCCUGGCGCGAAAGGGGAAGCAGAGAUGAUUGCGAGACUACUACCUGAAUCUCACCUUUUAAUAGGAGAGCAAGCAACAAAGCAGGCUGUUCUUCAGAGAAUACCCUCAGUGAGCCUCGUACAUUUCGCUGCUCAUGGUGAUGCCGAAAGAGGAGAAAUUGCUCUUACCCCCGCUGACUCCACAGUGGAGUUUCCACACGAAGCAGACUACUUACUGUCAAUGACCGACAUUUCACAAGUUAGACUGUCAGCCAAACUGGUGGUCCUUAGUUGUUGCCAUACCGCACGUGGACAGAUCAAAACAGAAGGCGUUGUUGGAAUCGCUCGAGCAUUCUUAGGAUCGGGUGCACGCUCAGUGUUGGUGGCAUUGUGGGCCUUACAAGACAGAGCAACAGAGGAGUUCAUGGGAAGAUUCAACGAAAACCUUGUCCAAGGGAAAAGUGCAAGCGAAAGUCUUCACCGAGCCAUGAAGUGGAUGCGAAAUAACGGUUUCUCAGAAGUGAGGCAGUGGGCACCUUUCAUGCUGAUUGGGGAUGAUGUGUCAUUUCACUUUGGUGAAGAAAAGUGAAGGUAAUUGUUUUCUGACAAUUAGGGCCAUAAGAAGUCUGCCAGGUCUUUUUGUAUUACAGUUUUAUCAACUUGGGUGCAUUUGGUACUUUUAAGUACCAAAUAGGAAGCAGUAUUUACCCUUAAAAGCCACAUUAUUGACUACACCUGAGGUUAGUUGACUGAGGUAAAAUAUCAAUUAACCGCUUUUUAACAUCGAAGAUACUAAACACCGCAAUUAUUCUACCACACUUCUGUACUUAUCAAUCUAAAUUACAACCCGUGCAUAUGCGGGGCUUUGCAUGUGAAAAAAAAAACAAAACAAAACACUAAAGCCCCGAAUCCCUACAGUAACACAGAAUGAUUUAAUUCUUUUCUCUCUUUCCUGAUAUAUAAGGCACAAGUAAUUGAAUAUUCUUUUAUUUGCUACGGUUCAAUAUGAUCGUGAGGGUUUGCUGACAAACGUUUUUCUUUCUGAAUAUAAUAGGAAGAGAAUUCCAGUUAUGAAUCCGAACCAAACAGCCCAGGGAAGGUUUUUGUUUGAUAUAAAGAUAAUCGGAUCAAAAAUAUUAUGGCGGAGAUCUAGAUCUCAGAAUUGAUCGAAAACACUGCAAAGUACAAAUUAUGGACUGUCUAUGGAGCCUUGACCGUCGUUAGAGGGCUUUUCGCGGAGACUGACUGAAUUACAGUAGUACACUGGUUCUAAACUUGCACCAAAGAGGGAAGACCGAGAUUUCAUAGGUCAUCAAGGCAAGAAGUUUCAAACCUAUUUUAACUGUGCACCCUGCUUUAUGCCAAUAAUUGGAAAAUUUUAGCGGUGAGAUAAACUUAAAUAAGAAACCUCUUCCGUCACGAUAAAGCCGGAGGAUCCCUCUUCCAUGUAAAAUGAACCUAAAUGCUACUUACCCCAGGUGGAGUCUUUUGUGAUGAGUAGAUGUGUUUUUUUUUUUAAUUUUUAUGUUUCUUAUACAUUACUGUUGCAGGUAUUACACUAACGACACACCAUGGAAUAACGAAACAGCCCUUCCGCAGAAUUCCAAUGAGGUAAUCCCUGGCGGAAAAUGUAAAGGGUCAACUCUGCAGCAUACGAACAUUAAUUAAAAGAAUUAAAAUAGAACUGACUUGGUUAGCCCAGCUGUUCAUCUUUGCCGACUUAAUUAUUUUUCCCGCUAAUUUUAUUUUGUGUGUGUGUGU